GUGACUCAAUAUGUCAAUCAAAUGGUCGAUAUUCAUGCUAUGGAUGGGCCAACGAUUACUCCGCGAGAGUUCAGACAUCGGACACAAUAUUAUUGCGAAAGAAUAGCUCGAAUCAAUCGACCACUUCAACUGAUGUCCACGUAUUUGGCCUCCAUUUCAACAAAAGAUCGAAAAAGUGAUGACAAAGAAUGGAAAUUGGGGACAAUGGACACAAUGGACGCCAAAGACAUUGAACUGAUAACAUAUUUCAGCCAAAAAACGAGUGAUUGUGUUCACCAGGGAUUCAAAUAUGACUGCAAAGACCCGAUUGUCGUCCCCUUUAAUCCGUAAACAUUAUCACAACAAAACCAUACAUUCAUAGAUUUUAUAUAACAUUAAUUUUAUAUAAAAUUUUACUUUUGGUGGUAUAAUCAACAAAUGUUUUACAACAGAAUUAGUUUCAUCGAAAUAAUUG